CAUUUAUACUCUCCGUCCCUGUAAUUCUUUUGACAGCGGGCCGACACACCUUGGAAUUUAGCGUAAAUUUUUAACUUAUUUCAGCUCAAUUUUCAAGGUAUAUUGAACACAAUGGAGCUCUGCUGUAUAUUGGAGUACCUGCUGGUCCCUAUUCUUCUAGGAAUAUUAAUAGCAGUUGUCAAUUUUUUCACUACAAAAGAGAGAAACUUAAACGGCAAGCAUGUGUUGAUAACUGGAGGCUCGAGUGGCAUUGGUCUGAGCGUUGCACAUGAUGUUGCUCAGAGAGGAGCCAGUGUCACCCUAGUUGCAAGAAAUCUGGCAAAUUUGGAAAAGGCUUUGGAGGAAGUGAGAAGCACAGCAUCCAAAGCAGGUGCUGGUGGCAAAGUGCAAAUCUUCUCAGCUGACAUCUCUGGAAACCAUGAGCAAAUAGUGUCCCUAGUCAAAGAUGCUGAGAGUAGUCAAGGACCCAUUUACAUGCUUGUCAACUGUGCGGGAUUUGCCCGAGCUAUGAAAUUUGAGGAUAUCUCGCCCCAGCUUGCAAAGCAACUAAUGGAUGUGAACUUCAUGGGUUCCGUCCUCAUAACGCAAGAAGUGGUCCGCAGCAUGAAGCAGCAGCAGGAAGGGAUUAUUGUCUUCACCUCAUCCCUUGGAGGCCUCCUGGGCAUCUACGGAUUCACGCUGUAUUCUGCCGCCAAAGGUGCCUUGGUGAAGUUAGCCGAAGCGCUUUGUCAGGAGGUAAAACCGUACAAUAUCACAGUGACUGUGUGUUAUCCACCUGAUACGGACACCCCAGGAUAUGAGGAGGAAAACAAAACAAAACCCAUUGAGACCAAAUUGAUAUCAGAAUCUGCAGGACUUUUCAAGGCUGAUGAGGUUGCCUGCAAGUUAGUGAAGGAUGCCCUGCGUGGUUCAUUCUGCAGUACAGUUGGAAUUGAAGGCUUUAUGUUGACCACACUUUGUGCUGGUAUGUGGCCCAUAGCUAACUUUGCUGCAGAGUUUGCUGCAUUCCUGGCACAGAUUUUGCUGACGUGGGUGUUCCGAAUCAUUUCUCUGUUUACCCUGUGGAGCUUUGAUAGGAUUGUGUGCCAAGAACAUCAAAAGAGGCUGGCUAGUAAGAAGAGCGAAUAACUGAGAUUUCAAGCUCCUUUUUGUGGGCAUGUCUGUUCUCAUGUUGGUCUUGGCCAAGUGUCUUUUUCUUUCUUUUUCCUUUUUCUUUCCGUUAUUUCUAAAUUUCAGGCUUUAGUCUUCUCCUUGAAGAUCAAGUUGCUUGGACUCUUUAUUUUCCUGUACUUAUUUGCUACUUUUGAGAUUUCAAUAAAGGAAUAGAUACAAGGGAGUCGGUGACAUAAAACUGACUAUUGUUGUAUUUUGUUGUUAGAUUUAUAAAUGAGAUUUUCAGUUGUUUACAGAGUUUCUUUGUGUAACUAAGCUUUAAUAGGCUUCAUCAGUGCUACACAGAGGAACGACGGAAAAAUUCUGCUUGGUGUGACGACCUCAGCAGGAAAAAUAUGAAGUUAUUUCACCAAACACUUUUAUAAUAGUGUCAGGAUGUAUUUGUUGCAGUAUGAGAAAUAGGAACUUACCUGUAAAACAUCUGAUUGAUUAUUGAGUGUCUUUGAUUUUUGUUCGAAUGUACUAAUACAGCAGGAAAAAAA